AUGUCUACAAGUGAGAUCACGAAAAUGGAAGAAGGUGAUCUUAAGACACAAACAAAAGGAGAAUCAGGGUUUUGCGGUUCUCCUGAGGUAGUUCAAAUCAUACAAAAGGUAAUAGCAGAGGUGAUAGGAACAUACUUCUUAAUAUUUGCAGGGUGUUGCGUAGUUGUUCUGAAUAAAGUGGAAGAAACUAAAGGAACAGUAACAUUUCCUGGAAUUUGUGUAACAUGGGGUUUGUCAGUUAUGAUCUUGGUUUAUUCUCUUGGUCACAUCUCUGGUGCCCAUUUCAAUCCUGCAGUCACAGUUAGCUUCGCAAUUUAUCGUCAUUUCCCGCUUAAACAGGUGCCAUUAUAUCUUGCUGCACAAGUGCUAGGAUCUGUCCUUGCUAGUGGAACAUUGUACCUUCUUUUUGAUGUAGAUGAAAAAUCUUUUUUCGGAACAGUACCAGCAGGAUCUAAUAUUCAAUCUCUUGUCUUUGAGAUGCUCACAUCAUUUCUCUUGAUGUUUGUUGUAUCUGCUGUUUCCACGGACAAUAGAGCGAUUGGAGAAUUGGCAGGGAUUGCUGUUGGCAUGACAAUCGUAGUAGACGUCUUCAUUGCUGGUCCUGUGUCAGGUGCAUCAAUGAACCCAGCCAGAACUUUUGGGCCUGCUGUAGUGAUGCACAUCUACAAGGGAUUCUGGGUUUAUAUAGUUGGACCCUUUGUUGGUGCCAUAUUAGGUGCCUCAGCUUACAACUUGAUUAGAUUCACUGAUAAACCACUCAGAGAAAUUAGCCGAAGCUCAAGCUUCCUCAAAAGUGUCUCUAGAGCAGCAAGUUUUCGGUAG